UUUAAUUGGGAGAAUUAGGGUUCAAUUCAAUUUGAUGACGAUGCUUCAGAUCCGACUGAAGAAGGUUACACCAACCGAGGGCGAGACCGUCAACGCCGCUUGCCCUGACCACCUCGUCCUCGCCGACCUUCCGGUGGCCAAGGGCAUUGGCUCCGCCACCGCCGCUUCGCUUGUCAAGACCAUCGGCCGCCGCUCCCGUCGUCAGCUCGGCGAGCGUGUCCACUUUUGUGUCCGCUGUGAUUUCCCGAUUGCUAUCUAUGGGCGACUGAGCCCUUGUGAACAUGCGUUUUGCUUGGAUUGUGCUAGGAGUGAUUCAAUCUGCUACCUUUGUGAUGAACGUAUUCAGAAGAUUCAGACUAUUAAAAUCAUGGAGGGGAUCUUCAUUUGUGCCGCUCCUCAUUGUCUCAAAUCCUUUCUGAAGAGGAGUGAAUUUGAAUCUCACAUCCAUGAGACACAUGCACACCUUCUACAGCCAAAUGCGGAGAAAAUGGAUGGAAUUGAAUCAGAAGCACGGAGUAAGAACCAAGUUACGGCAUCUGAAUCCACUGCCCGAGCUCCACCAAGGCCAGUCUUCUCUCCUAGUUCAAAUUCCCAGUUCCAUGACCGUGAUGACAAAGCUCGUCUUCAACGAGAACAAUCACUUCCAAGGCCAGUCAUGCAGCCUACACCACCUCCAGGUUUUGGACAAAUUCAGAAUAAUCCACCAGAUCUCAGCCGACCGCCAGGCUUUGACAGGCCUGUUCCCCAAAAUCUCUACCAUCAACAAAGCUUUGAUUCAUCAGGUGCUCCAAUGCAGGAGUCCGGCCAGUUUUCAGAUAAGCAGCAAGGAAUGACAUCUGAGACUCCCUUUUCUGAAUACCCACCCAUGCAUUCUAUGCAGCCCCCCAAUUAUGCAGUUCCUAUCAAUUCCAAUCAAGUACAGAUGAUGCCCAACCUUCAGUUUGGCUAUCCUUUCCCAGUUGAUGGAUCUCAACCAUUCUAUGGUGCUCCCUAUCAGAUGGUACGACAGGAUUCUGGACAGGAUGUGGGACAAGAACAGGGGUCCUUGUUGGGUUUCCCCCCAGGUUCAGUACCUAACAUGAAUUUUGCACCUGGUUAUCCACAGUCUUGGAAUGCAGGACAGGCUGGUGUUCCUUUUGAGCAAGCUACACCAGGGGGUCAAGGAACUGCAGAUGGUUUCACCAACUCCUCAGAUCCUCAAGGAAAUGUUGCAUAUUAUCAAGGUGGCAUGAGUUUCAACCCUCAGCAGAUGACAAACAAAGCAAUGGAACAGCCAUUCCAGGGUGGUAAUGCUAUGGAUCCAAGGGAUAACAAAGGUAUAUUAGCAUCACAGCCCAUGUCACUUCCUCCGCCUCCUCCAGCAUCACAGCUCAAACGCAAGUCUUAUCAAGGUGACACAGGUCGAGAUGGCCAGAGCUAGGACUUGGCAUAGUGAGAAAUCGCAAGCCGACUGUGGUGGUGACCAAGUCUAGAAAAAUUUGAUGUUUGUUUUUUGCUCUUGUUUCUCUCUGGAACUCAUGGCUGUCAUGAUUUCGGUUCCAAGUUCUCUCUCUGAGAGUAUUUGUUUCCUUGGCUCGGCUCAGGUUUUAGUCUCAUUACUAAAUAUAUUUUGGAAAUUUGUGAAUAUUUACUAGUUGGAGGUACAAAAGCUCCAAUUUGGUGUUUGGAGUGAACAUGUACAGAACCAACUAUCUAUAAUCAUUCUGUGGAUUAGAUACAAAAUUUGUAACACUUUUACCAGGAUAUCAUUGUAAUUUGUAGAACAAAAAAGGACUUAAGAAAAUGAACACCACACUCAUGUCCUACACAUCGCCUUGAGAAAUCAACUUAGUUUCUUCUUCUCCAGAACCAAGUGCUGAAAUCUGUUCACAUAUUCUUCAUCUAGUUUAACAUACAAUUGCAGCAAUCUCCUGUACCCCAUCAUGACAUACUUGUCCACAUAAUCUUCACACCUCUCAUAGAACGCUGGUAUUGUCAGAACAAUGACGAGGCCUGCAAUAGAGGAAAUGAAAAUCAUAUCAACCAAUAUUGACAUUUGAAUUCUCAAUU